GCUGCUUGUAUCUCGUUUCACUUAUUUCACUAUUAGAAUUGGUCGGAUUUGUGCCAGUGUAUGUUCUUUUGAAAGGAAUAUUUUUUUUCUCCUUACCGCAAUUGUAGUCAAGUCAAGACGUGUUUUGAUAUCCAAAUGUUGAAGUUUGCAUUGCAGAUCUGAGAUUAUAAUAAAGGUGCUCUCGUGCGGCUCGCUGUAGCACAUCACAACCACCAUCUGAUGUUCUCGGUUAAAACCUGAGGAGUGCGAGACAGAUCGAGAAAGAGAUGAUUUCGGAUAAAACUGGAUUACCAAAGAUGCUUGAUCGGAUAGUUGACAUCUGCGGGAAAGAUCGCCUUUAAACUAGAUGGCACCUUGGCCAAGGCUUUAUACUUUUAAGGGUUAUGACGUACCACGAAGUCCAUUCACGUUCAGUGACGUUUAUAAUAAACGCUAAAGAUGUGGUGUAGUAGGCUGUAGGUGUACUAACGUAUAAGAAUAUAUUGCCUAACGCUAGUUGUGCAAGUCAGCCUAAUAGGCGUACGAGUCUGCGCGAAGCGUCAACAGUCAAUCCAAUAGGAAGUCGCGAGUGCUCCACGUUGGAGGAGCACAAGCGUGUCUGCAUCACCCUCAGCCGCGCGCCUCCGCCCCGAGCGCGUUCACUGCAGCCCAGCGAUGGUCGGCGCUACUUCUCUCAUGUCGGGGCGCUGAAAGAUUGAACGAUGAUUUUGGGGCUUCAGUGCGUAGUUCUUGGUGUUGUUGUGCAUCUUACGAGAGGAAAGUUACACUCCCUCCCGUACGCAUCCAGUGGGUCUUGCAGGAACACCACCACCGAAUACGUUAAGGACAACCGCUGCUGCAACAGAUGCCAGCCAGGAAACAGAGUGACUACCAUCUGCAGCAAAGAUGUCAAUACAGUCUGUGAGCCAUGCCAGGAUGGGACGUACUCUGACAAUUUUAAUUAUCACCCCAACUGCUUCAGAUGUAAUAAGUGUUCACAAAAUAAAAACCUUGUUAUUGCCAAGCAGUGCACCAAAGUCAGUGACACAGUGUGUGUCUGUAAGGCUGGGAUGCAGUGCGUCCACUCAUCACGCACGAUGUCCUGUGAUAAGUGUAUAAAGGUUUGCCCCCCUGGCCAAGGAAUCAGUCCAUCAGGAACAGCCAGAAGUAACAAGUGUGCCCCUUGUCCCGAGGGUACAUUCUCUAAAGACAGCAGCUUCCGUCCAUGCCAGCCUCAUACACGGUGUGACUUGCAGGGCAGAAAAGUGUUACAUCCUGGCACUUCAGAAUACGACGCCAUAUGCGAUAGGGCCAAUACAUCUGACCCUCGCCCUGUGACAUUGACUGCAACACCUGGACCUUUGGUAGUGGACACUUCCAUAACCUCCUUGCUCCUCAUUCGCAACCCCAGAACACAGGCUUUACCAACCUCCUCCUUCAUUGUCAAAUUUCUACCUACUGAUUUUCCGGACCAAACGGAAUCUUACUGGAUUGCAGGUCUGGGUGCCGUUGCUGCUGUUGCACUAUUGGUUUUGCUGACAGUGACUUUCGUAAUUCAUCACAGGAAAGAUUUAAUUAAACCUGCUGUCGAGGAUGCAGUUCAGGUCUCGGACAUCCACCACAGUCACACCGAGAGCCAGUGCCUGCUGGUGGACAGUAAGACCGAGCCGUCCACGUCAUCGUCAGAUAGCCACAGCCAGGCGGAGUUGAGCCGAGGGCAGAGCGUGGAUAGUGGCUACCCUGAGCAUGGCACGCUGCCCAGCCCGUGUGUCAACCUCAGCAUCACGGCCACCUUCAACUGCCAGCUGAAAACUGGCGCUAACUCCUGCUCCAUCCCCAUUGACCAGCCAGCCCCGCCCCCAGCCUCUGAGCUUCCUCUUUCUCAGGAGGAGGAGUUAUGUAGUUCCUGCCAAUCAGAGGAAAGCAAAGACGCUGUGUGUUUGGCACAAGAGACCGGGAAAACCGUGGAAUGAACAUGAGAGGGAGGACCACCACCUCUUUUGUUUCAUGGCAGCUGUGAAUGCUUAAUCCUGCCAUGGGUGCGUGCGUCUGUCUGUGUGCGUGCGUCUGUGUGCGUGCGUGUUCACAGAAACACUCAUGUUGCUGUCCUCGCAGCCUGAUAGUGAUCUCACACUUUCUGUGCUAUAAACAGAAGGUUUUAUGUUAAGCUGUCAUGGUUUGACAGAUGUGUGCGACCUGCUUCAGUGUUUUCACCUAGUGUUUGGUUUAAGACAUUAGUACAUUAGACCAGACAUAUGAUGCAAUGUUAAAAUCAGACUUCAGGCAUGAAUACAGCCACCAUCCAUAAACAGUUCUGUAUAGUUUUAUCAGAAAACAGUUGGUGCUUGACAUCAACAAAACUAAAUCAAAUAAUUCAUGAGCUUAAUUAAAAAGAAGUAACCAAGGAAAGCUAGGUGUUAGAUACACCUGCCUGUGGUCAUUUCAGUGUAAAACAGUCACAGUCAAAUGAGCUGAACCCAUGACAUACUUAGCACAACAGAUUAGUGCAAGCAAGUCACUAGUAGGCUCGCUCUGGCUAGAGUCUGUGAA